AUGGCCCAUACUAUUAACCUGGCAGUCAGAAAAGGGCUUUCAGAGCGUUCUGUAGCAACAGCAGUCAGCCGCCUAAAGGCUGCUGCUCAACAUUUCAAACACUCCCCUACAGACAGCUAUCUCCUGGAGUCCAAACAGAAGCUCCUUGGUCUCAAACCAGUUCAGCUCAUCAAUGACUGCCCCACUCGCUGGAACAGUACCUACCACAUGAUCUGUGGGGCAGCUGAUCAACAAGCCCCUGUUGCAGCAGUGAUAAUGGAAAAGAAAGUCAGCUCCCUGGAGCUCAGCAGUGUCGAGUGGACCCUAAUGGAGAAGGUGAAACACGUGCUGAAACCGUUCAAAGUAGCCACUCAGGCGCUGUCAAUGGAAGACUUCCCAACAGCAUCAGGUCCUUCCCCUGCAGCGCGAUACGGGCCCAACAAAGAUGCAUUCUUGCUUCUGAACACAGCCAGCUACUUGGACCCGUGUUUUCAGCGGCUCGUGUGUUUGGAUGAAGAGUGGCGGCAGGCGGUGCGAGAUAGGGUUCAGAGGGAGCUUGUAGACCUCAGCAGGAGACAGGUGCAGAGGAUGUGA